GAUUAUUGAGGAAAGUAUUGAGAGAUCUAGAACUUUCUGGGCGAACUUCCGUGCGAAGAAACUCGAGCUAAAAUCUGGUAUCGGAUUCAUAAUUCAUUCCACAAUUCACAAAUCUCGCCAUUGUUGUAGCGAAAGAAAGAGGAGAAACUCCAAUCAAAUUCGGAGAUGGAUAGAGGAAGAAGAGGCGGAGGGAUGGUAGGGCUGCUUCUGCUGCAGGCGCUGAGCGAGUAUGGCCGCCUCGACCGCAAGCCUCCCGUCACGGCAGGCCUCAUCGCCGCUAAUACACUUAUCUACCUGCGCCCUAAAUUUCUCGAUCCAAUCCUCCCCACACUCAAUCAAGUCUGGUUCAAUCCGCACCUCAUUGUCAAGAACAAGGAUUUGAAGCGCUUUAUUUUAUCAGCAUUCUACCACACUGGUGAACCCCACCUUGUGUACAACAUGUUAUCACUACUGUGGAAGGGAAUACAGUUGGAGAAUGCAAUGGGAAGCUUCGAAUUCGCAUCAAUGGUGGCAGCUCUACUCGGUAUGUCUCAAGGCAUCACAUUACUGCUAGCCAAAUCCCUCGUGCUCUUCGACUACGAGAAAGCCUACUACAAUGAAUACGCCGUGGGGUUCUCUGGCGUGCUCUUCGCCAUGAAAGUCGUGCUCUACUCUCAGUCGGAUAGCUAUACAUACGUGCACGGACUUAUGGUCCCUGCACGCUAUGCCGCGUGGGCAGAGCUUGUUCUCAUCCAAAUGCUGGUACCCGGAGUCUCCUUUCUGGGUCAUCUCGGGGGAAUUCUUGCUGGGAUCUCCUACUUGUAUCUCACGGGUGCACGAUCUUGUGCUAACCCGUUUGUGAAGAUAAUGAGGGGUGCCGCCCGUCUGUUAGGUUGGCCGUUGAGAUACGUGAAUGGUAUGUUUCGACCUUCAUCUGGCCGAGUGUUUGGAAGGGGAACUCUUCGUGGGAGGGAGACUCCGGGUGUAUGGAGCUGUGGAGCAUGUACGUACGAGAACUCGGGGUUGUUGAAUGUUUGCGAGAUGUGUGGGACAGAACGCGAUGGCGAUGCGGAUGGAUUCACACCGACGGCCGGUGGUGGGGCCAUUUCGGUCGAGGAGCUACGGCAGCGGAGAGUCGAGAGAUUUGGUAGGUGGUGAUAUGAAAGUUGGCGACAUUGGGAGAGUGAGAAGAUUCUUAAGAGAUGAAACCAUUUGUUGUAAUUAAUCAUAUAGUUUGCAAGAAACAAGAAAUGUAGCACAGCAAGAACUAUAGGCCGAGGGCAUCGAUCCUCUUCACGCUUGUAUAUCUUGGCAUUGGCAUACAUUUUAAGAUUAUCUUCUUUUGUAAAGAAAAAAGUUUUAUUACAUAUCUGAAAAAUUGCUAGUUUUCAGGACGGAAA